CUAAACACAAUUUUUUUUAAUAGAGGAGCGGCUAUGGCACAUAGCAAUGGCCUUCUUGGCUAUAGGCCAGGGCACUUGAGUUUCUACUGGAGCUGGGAGCCUAUGCGAGAAGAGGGGGCUACAGUGGAUGCCUGCCUGAGCUAUAGUAAAAGUGACGUGCAGGCAAGGUUCAAUAUCAACGUCUAUGGGGGAAAGGAGCAGGAAAUGAGGGAAGAUGGAAAAGUUCAGGGGGUGGUCACCAAGGCUCGUAACAGAGCCGAACGGAGAUGCAAACGAGAUGGAGUGACUGCGGCAUUGCGAGUCACCGUUACUUAUGAUGAGGAAGAAACUUCCACGAGCACAACGGAGAGGGAGCAGCAGGAACUGGACCGAGACUCGGAGGUGGAGUCCGAAGCGAGCGACGCCCUGACCCAAUCCUGGCAUGGAUUGGAACAGUGGAGGAGUGACCCACAAACUGAGUCGUUAUCAGAAGGGGUCGCUGAGCAAAGACGAGUAGAGAUCGUAGAGUCUCAGACAAAAAUUGCUGAACUGGAAUUGAAGCUGUCAGAAGCAGAGAUGCGUUUCCUGGAAGGCGAGCAGCUUCGCCGGAAGCUGCAUAAUACAAUUCAGGAACUCAAAGGGAACAUACGUGUUUUCUGCAGGGUGCGCCCACUCCUUCCGGAAGAGGAAGAUUCAGACUUGCCCGUUAUCCAAUACCCCAUGUCUGUUGAGCUGUUGGGGCGGGGCGUUGAGCUGCAUGCAGAGAAAGGUCAACAGUAUACAUUUACGUUCGACAAGGUCUUUGGGCCUGAAGUUGAGCAGUCUGUAGUAUUUGAAGAAAUAUCUCAGCUUGUGCAGAGUGCUCUUGAUGGCUAUAAGGUUUGUAUUUUUGCUUAUGGUCAGACAGGAUCAGGGAAGACCUAUACCAUGCUCGGUGCCACAGAACCAGAGCGUGAGAGAGGAAUGAUUCCCCGGUCCUUAGAGCAAAUAUUUAUGACAAGCAAGGGGCUUGAGCAGCAGGGUUGGAGGUUCAGCAUGCAGGCAUCCAUGCUGGAGAUAUACAAUGAGACUAUUCGGGAUCUUCUCUCAGCUUCAGUUAGGUUGUCAAAUGUUGGACAAAUCGACCCUGCAAGUGGUGGCAGCAAGCAGCAUAUAGUGAAACAUGAUGCAAAUGGGAACACGACAGUGACGGAUCUCACGUUAGUUGAAGUGACAAGCUGGAGUGAGGUUGCGACAUUACUUGCCCGCGCAGCACAGUACAGGUCUGUUGGGAAAACUGCUAUGAACGAGAGGUCCUCGAGAAGCCACUGCGUUUUCACAUUGAGAAUCACGGGUGUGAAUGAUGGCACAGAACAGCAGGUCAAUGGAGUCCUCAAUCUGAUUGACCUUGCUGGAAGUGAGCGGCUGUCAAGAAGUGGUGCCACUGGUGAGCGAUUGAAAGAAACUCAGGCCAUCAACAAAAGUUUAAGCUCCCUGGGUGAUGUCAUCUCAGCAAUUGCAAACAAAGAAUCACAUAUCCCAUACAGAAACUCGAAGCUAACAUAUUUACUGCAGCCAUGCCUUGGAGGAGACUCGAAGACUUUGAUGUUCGUGAACAUUGCUCCUGACAAGCAUUCAGCAGCCGAGUCACUGUGCUCGCUCCGUUUUGCGGCAAAGGUUAACGCGUGUGAAAUUGGUGUUCCCCGGCGGUAUGCUCGGCUUGCCGAGGCCAGGAGAGAGAGCUAGCAUUGCACGUGAGGGGCCCCAGAUGCAUUCGGGGAAAAGAAUUCAAGCGCGUGUGAGUGACAGCACGGACCAGUAACCUGUGGGUACGUGCUAUUCUGUGGUGCAGCCAGGUGACGGCCAUCUCCAAACCGGGAGCCGAAAGUAUACAAUGCCCGCCGGACUCUGGCAAUAUCAUGGCCAUAUUUUAUCUACGCACAUGAAAUGCAAUGAGAGCUGCGUGUAGGGUUCUCCACAUGCUUGCUGUUCACAGUUCGGUGAUGAGCUGGCGUGUGCAGAGAAUAAAAGCAGCUCCUUGGGAGCCAGUCAGGAAGAGGAUUAAAUUGCAGUCCUGAAAGCAUGCAUUCAUUACAUUCCACGGGUACCUUAAUUCCAUCAUCAAGUGCCCUCAACAAGCUAGGUGCCAUAGCAGCCUAUCGUCAGGUCGCUGGCUACCUCUUUGCCUUGGGUCGCUGUACAGCUGUCAUGUGCUCUUUUACAUCGUCUUCUGCAGGAAUGCCAUUCUUGUGUAUCUUGUAAACAGAUCAGAGUUAAACUAUACUGUGAUGUCUGGGUUUGAUCUCUUGUGAUAUUCACCAGACAUUAUCAAGUGUUGCUUCAGUGAGGGCUUUUAAAGAAUAAUGAGAAGGGGAAGACUCCAGGAAUGUUGGAUGUGUCUCACUCCUUAGGAAUGGGCUAACAGCUGGGCGACUACCAGAGCUAGUAGAGCAUCAUCUGCUCUCUUGUAGUGCCGCGCACUCUAUGAAUGUCAUGCACUGCCACCACAAAGGCCAUAAAUUAACCGUACUUUCUUGGCUUUCCUGGAAACGCAGCCCCUGCCUUUUGAGGAUGUGAACCGGCUGGCUGCAGUUUAGGGAAGAGGGGGGAGGGGGGGGGAAGGGGGGGGUUGACUGGUGUGGCCUAGGGGUGGCGUAAUCAGAAGCGAUGCCGAUGCUUCCUUCUCUCGCUCUCCCUAUGGCUGGAAGAAGAGCUGAGGGACUGCUGCUCCAGGGAACAAGCAGGGCGAUGUUUGAAACCCAAAGAGAUGCCGAUGCAGCAGUUUCGGUGGCAAGGAUCCUCCCGAGGUCUGAGGAGUCGGAGCCAAGCUCUGACAACGAGAGCGUUCAGAAUGCAAAACUGGGAGGACGACAUGUGGAUCGAACAGGCCUUUUCUUUCUCAGCGUACACAUUUGUUCUGUGAAUUUAGGCUUGUGCCGCUCUUCACUGUGCCCAUGCUUGGUUGACAAUUCUUUUGCUGUCUGCCUUCCUCGCUCCUCCCCUUCUUCCUCCUCGUUGUGUUGUUGGCCCUCAAUUAGCUCACGGCUGCUGCUUUUUUUAAUUUUUUUCCCUUCUCGUUUUUUUAGCUCAAGGCUGCAAAUUGAACGGGUUAAGGUCGGGAAGGCCAAGGGCACAAUUCUUCGACGCAGGAUCCAGAGCAGAUGCUGUCGAGAUCAAGAUUCGCUCAUUCAAUGAAUGGCUAAGAAAAUGGCUCGCCAGCACGCAUGGUGCGGAGCUGUUCCGAAGAGACUUUGCAAGCCGAAUCGCUCCCCAGCACGCAUGGUUUGGAGCUGUUUGAGGACAACUUUGCUGAGAAAAUGGCUCGCCAGCACGCAUGGCAUGGAACUGUUCCGAGGAAAACUUUGCAAGCUGAACUGCUCCCCAGCACGCAUGCUUUGGAGCUGUUUGAAGAGAGCUUUGCAAGCUGCCUGGUUGCCGCUCUCAUAGAGGCAUGAUUCAUAGCGAAGGGGUUUGGGGCGGGGGAUGAUGGAGGAGGGGUCGCGGAAGAAUCGGAUUGCUAAAUGUUAAUGAAGAGGAGGGAGAUUUUGUUUUGUAUAAUAUGUCGAAGCAGGACCCCCUCUUCUGUCUGCCCAUACUUGCUCUGUCCCGUGGGAAGUCGAGUGGCUUGUCCGGCUUCCACGUCCCCUCCCUACUUUGUUUAUCUCCGUUUGCUCAGGAACAUGCUCCCUGCAACUCGUUUGUGUGUUUUCGGGUAGAGAGUGUGCCUUGCACUAGUUCUAGACUUUGGUAUCUGCUCGGGGUUUGGUUCUGGGACAAAACAAGUUCAACUGCAGCAAAGAUGAUUGCACAGUGGGGCUGGUGUGAGUAAUUAUGUUGGGUAGCUAGCGACAUGAGUGGAGAAUUCUGUGAGAGGGAGACCCUCUCCUGUCUGCCCGUACUUGCUCUGUCCCAUGGGAAGUCGAGUGGCUUGUCCGGCUUCCACGUCCCCUGCCUACUGUAUUUAUCUGUGUUUGCUCAGGAACAUGCUCCCUGCAACUCGUUUCUGUGUCCCCCCCCCCCCUUCCCCACUGCAAAAACUGAGCUAUAUUCUUCACUCAAUAUACCUCACACUACCUACCUAACCUCUAGGCCACACAAUCUCUUAUGUAUUGGCAACAUCCCAAGGAAACCAAGUGUUAUGGGUUAGACCACUUGCCUGUUUAAGCCUAUCCCCUUACGGCUGAACUUACCCCCUCAGGGUUGUUCCUAACCCUUAGCGACGGAUGGAAGGGACCACAACUAUCCGUCCCAACCCACUAGGGGCGUGGGCGUAUUAUUCGGGUGAGAAGACGGUAGUUCUGGACUUUGGCAUCUGCUGGGUGUUUGGUUCUGGAACAGGGCAAGUUCAGCUGCAGUGAAAAUGAUUGCACAGUGGGGCUGGUAUGAGUAAUUAAUAAUUGUGUUGGGUAGCUAGUGACAUGAGUGGACGAUUCUGGGAAAUCGGGAUCCAAUGAAAUCACAAGAUUCACUGAAUCCUCCACACAUGUCGCCAGCUACCCAACAUAAUUACUCACACCAGCCCUGAUGUGCAAUCACUUCUGCUGCAGCUGAACGUGCCUUGUCCCAGAACCAAACACCCAGCAGAUGCCAAUGUCGAGAACUAGUAUAAGACGCACUCUCGUCUCGAAAACACAAAAGCGAGUUGCAAGGAACGUGUUCCUGAGCAGACAGAGAUAAAUAUAGUUAAGGUAUCCAUUUUGACAUGGGAGUGCACAUUUCCGGGCACAUUUCGGGGCACAUUUCCGGGAAGCGUGCACAUUUGCCUCCAGAGCUAGUCAACAGGUUCAUUUGGCCAUAUGCCAGCAAGCAGCCUGAUGAUGAAUAGAGAGUUCUUCACUAUUGGAAUUCGGCUGAGAGUGAUGUGGGCACAUAAUUAAAAAGUGACUACAGGUACAGGAGCGGGCAUGAGGAUUUCGCAUGGAGAAGCAAGUGUCGACGAGUUUGGAUUGGCCUUGUUUGUUCUGUACACAAGUGGAGCCGUGGCUAACUCUAGGCUAGGUCCAGAACGUG